GUCCAAACUAUGUAGGGUUACCUGCAUGAAUCUUAUGAUGAGCCUAUACUUAGUUUAAUUUUUUUGUAAACAAAGAGCUAUCGCAGGCGUCUUCACUAUCAAAGUUGAAAGGGUGGAACACUGAAUUGACCAAGACUACAAUAGAACCAUCAUUUACGGAUGAAACUUCAUGUACAAAUGUCAAGACACACAAACAGAUUCACAGAGCACAUCAAUCACGGGAUUUUUGUUGAACUGGUCAAUUUAUUGUUCUUUCUAACAAUUGAUUUAUGGUGACCAGAACAAUGUCGAUUUCAGAUUCUCUGGUUGAUCGAUUUCUUUUUGCAUCUAGGUUCAUCGACAUUGUGUUUUUUCAUGUUUUCGUGGAAAUGAACGAUUCUAUUGCUAGAGCAGUUGGUCCAUCUAGAAAAGAGCAGCAAGAUGCUGUAGACACCGUCGACUUGGCUGUUCUUUUUCAGCCUCAUCGAGGGAGGUCAGCUUUAGACAUUACCUCUUUAGCAGAUGUAUGUGAGAAGGUGUGCUUUGUAAAGAGGCAAGAUGGCACUGGGGAGAUGAAGAUCUCCGGAGGAUAA